AUGACUACAGCGGCGACGCAGAAAAAGGUGACAGAUGUUGAUGUUGAUCUGAAAACAACCUUGAAAUAUUGGACAACUGUAGACUCACAUCAAGUGUUCGAAGGCCAUUUACCUCAGUUGAUUCCUCUUGACUAUAUCGAGGAAGUGUACAUUCCAAAAACCCUGUUCGCAUCACUAACACCAGCAGCUCAAGAAUCCGCUAAAGCUAUUUUUCGUAAUUCUUUGUACAUUACAGAGCACAAGAUCGACCCGACUGCUUCAGGUGGUGGAGGACCACAACCAACAGACAAAGAUCGUGCGGAUUACCAGGACUAUGUGGUUAAGAAGCUUAUCGCUAAAUUUGACCAGUGCAUCAAACAUUCACGACACAUUCAUGGUUCUGUUAUUACUGUGGCACCUAGCCAAUUCGUAGAUCACAUUGUUGUGCCUUUGACCAUAUCACAAGCCCGUGAACAAUAUCGUCUGAAACAUAAACACGAUCCCGAUGAUACUUACAUUUAUUGGCAAUCGAUGUAUGGUGAUAUGAUGAUCACGGUCUCCGACGAAUCGAUCGAUCCUGGCGUACAACAACCAAAUAUUCAAUGUCUCGUCUGCUAUGUAGCUGAGAAACCAUCGACCACAACAAGUGAUUAUCGCGAAUCGGUUUCAUAUCUGAACUAUGGGGAACCAUAUCGCCAUGCAGCUGUCCUAAACUAUCGUUCCUUUGCGAGCAGUUCGAAUAACUUUCAUCGUGGCUGCAAUACGGACGACUUUUCGACCUAUUGUUUACGAAUUCAACAAAAGACAGGUCAAGUAACACUUUCCAAUGCAGGACCGAACAGUAUUUAUAAUUCAGAAACGAUCUCGUACAAAUUUCCUAAAACAAGACUUAAUUUGAGCAAAUUGAACUAUAUUCAUGUGAGUGCUGGUUCGCAAAAAGUACCCAUUCGAAAUUUAGUUCUCUCUUUUGAACAAGAGCCUGAUUUACAUCCAUCAUUCGAUAAAGACUUUAAAAGAGGUAGCAUUUCUUUUCCUGGGAUGAAAACAUCUACUACUUCUGGUCAUGCUCAAUCUGCAACCACUGCACCUUCACCCGACGACAAAUCUCCAUCAUUCUUCUCUGAAAUAAAAAAUAAAGUUGUUGACCUAUUUGCUGGUGGAUAUGGCCAUGAUGAUGAAUCAACAAAACGUAUUCCAUGUCCCCGAUCAAUAAACUGUCUUCUCCAGGGCGCGGCCGAACACAUGAAAAAAUUUUCGCAUCCUUGCCAGUACUCUGAAUUGUGCCAAAAGAAAGACGAUGAACCUCAUCUGACACAUGAACCUCAUGCAGCAGAUCAGUGUUCAUCAAAUCGAUCGUGUAAAAGACUCGACGAUCCUGUGCACCGGACAAAAUAUCGACAUAGUGGUAUGCCUGACUUUCUUAUUCCGUGUCGUGAUCAACAGUCAUGUCAAAUCAACUCAUUCGAACAUCGAGUCAAGUAUUCGCACGGUGAAGACAUAGAAAUAAAAGCAAUAACAACAACAAGAAAAUAUGAUGUGUCUCGCACGACAUCAUCGUCGUAUUCUGCAUUGCAUCCCAAAGACCAGUAUCAAGAGACAAAGUCUGAUUUUGGGCGACACAGUGAACGAAUCCCUUGUCGACAUGGUUCCAACUGUUGGGACAGACGUGACAGACAGCAUUGUUCAAAAUAUUCUCAUCCUGAUGAACAAGAUCAGCAGCGAGUAUCAUGUCGUCACGGUUACGGUUGUCACGAUAAACAUGACGCUCAUCACUCUUCAAAGUAUCCGCAUUUGGAUGAACAAUACCAACGAGUCAGAGGAUUCGAUCAUCGUCAGAAAAUAGCAUGUAAGCAUGGCAUCAACUGUCGAGAUAUUAAUGAUCAUAAUCAUUGUUCCAAGUUCUCACAUCCUAACGAUUAA